AGUCACAUUUCGUAUCCUUUAGUACCCUAAGUUUCCUUUGCUACUAUACAUCAAGAUAUAUCCCAUUUUAUUUUCACCAAACCUUAUUUACCUAUAGUAUAAAUGGAUCCCGUAAUCGCCAUGCAAGAGGCCCAAAGUAACAACGGACCAAGAACCUACAAGAAGCCAUUUCUUAAUUUUCUUGACCGCCUCUCCUUGUCAUUUAUCGUAGUUGUUUUCUGCGUUAUUGUAGUUUUUAGUCCAAUUUGGCUUCAAUUUUCUAAUAGUUUUUUCUUAUUCACCAUCCCUAGAGUUAUUAAUUACAUCUUAAACCCUAAGGUUUUAUUCAUUCUCACAAAUGUUAUCGUGAUCAUCCUCAUCGGAGAAUCAAGGAUUUCUAGACCAAGAUCUUCUCUUCCAGCUAGCGCAUUACUGAGAAGCCAUUCUUAUGGUUUGUGGUCUAAUGAAAAUGUGAGGGUGGAAAUGGGAUAUCAACGAUUUUUGGAAGAGAAUAUUGAUCGACCGAGGCUCGGAGAAGGCAAGAUAUGUAAGCUUAGUCCGUUGGAGAUGGAUUCAUUAAACCAGAGGGCUGAUGAUCUGAUCGCUCGUGUGAACAGACAGAGGAGGCUUGAAAUUGGGCUGUUACAUAGACGCAUAGACGAAGGCCACAUAUCAUUAUAGUUGUGGCCAAAUGUGCAGAGAGAGCCUUGAUUGUUACCAAGAAACCAAUUAACAUAAAGGAAAAUGCAAAUUUUCGUACAAAGGUUACAAAUCAAUUAAUAAAGUUAAGAGUUUUUACGA